CACAGCUUCACUAGGAGACACUUUAAAUACUGUAUAUAUUACUUUUGAGGAGUUUAUUAAUUUUUAUUUAUUGAAUGUUAUUGUUUUUACUCACAUUGAAUCCUUUAAAGUCAAACCAGAAGUCAUUUUGAGACAUCAUGCUGCUUGAGUUAUUUUUUCUCACUUUGGCAUCAUGUGACACCGGGGAGUCAAAGACAAGAAAUGUCCUCCUAAUAAUUGCUGAUGAUGCAGGUUUUGAGACAGAGGUGUACAACAACUCUGUGGUCCACACCCCCCACCUGCGCUCUCUGGCCCAGCGUAGUCUGGUGUUCAGCAAUGCCUUCACCUCUGUCAGCAGCUGCUCCCCCAGCCGCUCCACCAUCCUUACCGGCCUGCCGCAGCACCAGAAUGGCAUGUACGGGCUUCAUCAAGGUGUUCACCACUUCAACUCAUUUGACGGAGUACAAAGUCUGCCGCUGCUCCUCAGCAAAGCUAACAUACACACAGGUAUAAUUGGGAAGAAACAUGUCGGCCCUGGAUCCGUUUACCCUUUUGAUUAUGCCUACACAGAGGAGAACAACUCUGUCCUCCAGGUGGGGAGGAACAUCACCCGCAUCAAACUCCUGGUCCGCAAGUUUUUCAAGACUCAUAAAGAAGAAGCCUUUGAACGAAGGCGAAAGAAAGAUGAGAAUAAAGACAAUUUAAAAGAUGAAGAGAGGCCAUUUUUACUGUAUGUUGCCUUUCACGACACCCACCGCUGUGGACACUCGCAGCCCCAGUAUGGAGCUUUCUGUGAGAAGUUUGGGAAUGGUGAAAUGGGGAUGGGCAGGAUACCUGACUGGACACCAGAAUAUUACACACCCGAACAAGUAAAGGUUCCUCCUUUUGUACCGGACACACCUGUGGCACGAGCCGACUUGGCUGCACAGUACACCACAGUUAGCAGACUGGACCAAGGUAUCGGUUUGGUUCUUCAGGAGCUCAGGGACGCUGGUUAUGAGAACGACACUCUCGUCAUCUACAGCUCAGAUAAUGGCAUCCCCUUCCCAAACGGCAGGACCAACCUGUAUCGCUCCGGGACAGCAGAGCCCAUGCUGGUGUCCUCUCCAGAGCACAGGGAGCGAUGGGGAGACACCAGCCAGGCCUACGUCAGCCUGCUGGACAUCACUCCCACUAUUCUUGACUGGUUCUCCAUUUCCUACCCGUCCUACAGCCUCCCCGGCAGUCCCAACACCCCGGUCCACCUCACUGGUCGCUCCUUACUGCCUGCUCUGGUCACUGAGCCCAGCAACUGGCACACAGUCUACGCCAGCCAGUCCCUCCAUGAGGUAACCAUGUACUACCCAACCCGCUCCGUCCACCAGGGGACAUACCACCUUCUGCACAACCUGCACUACCGUAUGCCUUUUCCCAUCGACCAGGACUUUUACGUUUCACCCACCUUCCAGGACCUGCUGAACCAUACGAGGCUUAGAGAGCCCACACACUGGUUCAAAACCCUAGAGCAGUAUUACUACAGGGAGCGCUGGGAGCUGUUCGACUCCAGGACAGACCCACUGGAGACGAGGAACCUGGUAUCAGACCCGUUCUACAGCGCCGUGCUGGAGAGCCUGAGGCAGAGUCUGCAGAAGUGGCAGUGGGAGACGGGUGACCCCUGGGUCUGUGGACCCGACUACGUCCUGGAGGACAAACUGGAGCCGCACUGCAGACCACUCUACAAUGGACUCUGAUGGACUCUAAUGGUACUUUUACGCGUCUUGAUUGACAUGACAUCUGCGCACAUGAGCACAUUCCUCAAUGACAUUUAUUUGUAGUUUUAUUUUUGUACGUUAGUGCUGCUUUUAAUGCUCAAAAAAAUAAACGAAACUUGAAUUGCCUUAA